UAUUGGAGUAUUGGUUGGCCCCGGAAUUAUGAUACGAUAUGGUUAUAUUUUUAAGUCUGUAUUGUUUUCAAUUGAAUUAUCAAUAACUUUUCCAUUAUUCUUUGGAGUUAUUAAAAUUUAUCCCAUAAAAAAGUAAUGAAGCAUCUUGAACAAAUUUUGUUUAACAGGGAAAUACGUGUUUAUGCUAUUACUGUGUUCGUUAAUGAUUGGUUGUAAACAGACUUCAUGUCUAGGUUAGGAAAGGUGUACAUGAAUAUACAGAAAAGACUGUUAUUGUCUUAGAAGUUAAAUAAAAGCCAUGAGCAAGAAGGAAGUGAACGCAACUAACUUUGAGUUGUACUUCUUGAUAACGAAGUUCUUGGAAAAUGGCCCUUGCUCUAAAUCAGCUCAGGUGCUGAAGGAAGAACUUUUAAAAAAUGAGAUUAUCCCAAAAAGGUAUGACUGGGAGGGAGAAGCCCAUAAACAGUCUUACAAUGAACUCGAAAGGCAAUAUCCACAUAUUGGUGCCGAGCAUCUGCCAGAAAUUUGCAGAAGAAUCAUUCCGUUGCUGGACAAAGAGUUUCCUUCGGCUGUGGCAGGACUCACGUCUCUACUCGGCACCGGCAAGCAAUCCAUCAUGCGCAACGAUAAAGGAUCCCUGCCAACUUGGAGGACGCUGGUUGAGUGUUCCAUCAGAAGACACCAAAGUCCUUUGCCGAGAUCUAUCACUUGUAGGAACCAUCACAUAGUGAAUGUGCUGCAUGGCAGGGAGCUCUCCGGGCCUUUUUCUCGGAGUCAAGCCUUUCCACCGACUCUGUAUUCUCGAAUGCAGUUGCUUUGUCGCAACCUAGGCCAUCUAUCAUGUGUUUAUUGUGUUCUCUUCGAUGGUUCUGGAAAUUAUGUUAUCACUGGAGCCGAUGACAUGUUAGUGAAGGUUUGGAGUGCCGUUGAUGGGAGAUUAUUGGCAACGCUGCGCGGUGUGCUCUCCGAAGUAACCGAUAUAGCAAUCAAUGUCGACAACACAUUGCUAGCAGCUGGCAAUGUUGACCGCGUCAUCAGAGUUUGGUGUCUUCAAACUGGUUAUCCGGUGGCUACACUGGUCGCCCAUUCUGGUAUGAUAACAGGAGUCAACUUUUGCCCUACGGAUGUCAAUGGCAUUCAUUAUCUCGCUUCAACCAGCACUGAUGGCUCUGUCGCGUUUUGGAGUUAUACGGUGUCACCAAACCAAACUGUCAAUUUUCAAACGCGAGCGCUGCAGUACAACGAGAGACUGCGGCCGGGGCAGGCGCAGAUGAUCUGCGCAUCGUUCUCGCCGGGAGGCAUGUUCCUGGCGGCAGGCAGCGCCGACCACCAUGUCAGAGUGUACAAGAUGGCGGGCGAAGCGGGGCCGCAUCGCAUCCUCGAGACUGAGCCACACGCUGACCGAGUCGACUCGAUCCAGUGGGCGCACUCUGGCCUCAGAUUUAUUUCGGGCAGCAAGGACGGCACCGCCAUCAUCUGGCGUUUCGCUCAUCAGCGAUGGAAGACCCAAGUGCUCAGUAUGGCAACAACGCUGUCUGGGAAAUGCAGCGAGCCGGACAUGAAGCAGAAGCUGAAGGUGACGAUGGUGUGCUGGAAUGCGAACGACAGCUGUGUUGUGACGGCUAGCAAUGACUUCGCCAUCAGAGUGUGGGACAGUGAGACGGCCAAACUCUGCCAGCUGCUCAAAGGUCACAACCAGGAAGUGUUCGUGCUCGAAAGCCAUCCCUACGAUUCCGAUGUGUUGCUGAGUGCCGGACACGACGGCCUGAUUCUAGUGUGGGACUUGCACAGCGGCGCUCAGCUGGCGUCGUUCCUGAACUCGGUCGACACGCAGAACACCGGCGCUGUGUUCGAUGCCAAGUGGUCGCCCGAUGGCACCAUGGUCGCCGCCACCGACUCCCACGGGCACAUACUGCUCUUCGGUCUUGGAUUCGUCAGCGAUCGCAUCAAAAAGCUGCCGAAAGAGUUGUUCUUCCACACGGACUACCGGCCGCUGUCGCGGGACGAGGCGAGCCACAGUGUGGUGGACGAGCAGACGCAGGUGGCGCCCCACCUCAUGCCUCCUCCCUUCCUGGUGGACGUUGACGGCAACCCCUACCCCCCCUACCUGCAGCGCCUCGUACCCGGUCGAGAGAACUGCCACACCGAACAGCUCGUGCCUAACAUCAUCAUGAGCAGCGACGGACUGCAAGAGGUGAUAGAGGGCGUUGAUGGGGAGGAGCCUCGCUCGCACAUAGACCACAUGAUUCAGCAGCUGGUGCAGAGGUCCGACCAGUCAUCACAACCGGCCACAAGGCCAGUCACCUCUCCGCGUUCAGCACGCAUCAGAGGCAGAGGCGAUGUUGAAGGAGUAAGGCAGUCAAGCGGUAACUGGCAAAAAGACGAGUUCACAUGGACCAGACGAAGACUGAUACCUUUCCUGGAGAAGGGCCGGUUAGAAAUAUCUAAACAAAAAGUGAAAGCGGCGGCUGACUUUGAGAUAGAAGAGUACAACAGGGAGAUGCAGCGACCUAUCGAACUGAAACCUGCUCCAAUGACGUCAGCCGAAUUCGUGAAAAGACCUCGCAAACGCAACACACAUUCAUAUCGCACAAGGGCAUCAAGAGUCGAACAUAUGCUACAAAAUGAGAAUGAGGAUGGCGAAGCACUGAGCCCGAGUGCGAGCGAAGACUCGUCAAGUCACAAGGACUCGACGGCUCGCUCGGAGGACAUGGACAGUUCUAGUUCAGAUUCGUCGAGCUCAGACUACUCAGACUGGAUUGCCGACCACGGCGCCGCCCUGGAGCCGCCCAAGCGCAACAAGCGCACCUGCAACAAGGCCAAGCUGCCCAAGGCACCUGCGGUGGCCGCCGCCGCCUCCUCUGCCCCCGAACCCAGCACUUCCACCGCCAACGCCAAGAAGCCCAAUGUGGUGGAAGUACCUGAACUCUACCGUCCAUCGGAAUGGCUCUCCGAAGUUAUACCAAAGAAGUUCCCCUAUUAUCCUCAGAUGGGUGAUGAGGUUUUAUUUUUUAGAGAAGGCUAUCAAAUGUAUUUGGAUGCUGUAAAAAACAGGGGAGUAUACGAUUUACAACCCUCUCAGAUAACGCCGUGGGGAAAAAUUAAUAUCAAGGAGCCUGAAUUGGUGAAGAUCAUUGGUAUUAAGUAUGAGCUUCGACCUCCAAGAUUGUGUUGUUUACGCUUGGCAGCUAUGAAGCAGAACGGCAGACUGACUGGUGAUAGAUUUACUAUAAAAUACCACGAUGUGCCUGAUGUCAUUGACUUUCUUGUUCUACGACAAACUUAUGAAACGGCUGUUGCCCGCAACUGGGAUGUGGGUGACAGGUUCAGGAGUAUGAUUGACGACAAAUGGUGGUGGGGAAAAAUUUUGUCGAGGCGAUCAGACGCCCAAUCGGAAUUCCUGUCCUACUUUACCCAGUGGGACAACUGUGAGCAGGAGAAUAUGAGUCCUUGGGACAUGGAACCGGUAGAUCCUACAAGAGAACCAGUGGUGGAAGGUGGCAGUGUGGCAGUUGUGGCGGAAGAGAUAGCUGCCAUCCUGUACCACCCGCGGCCGGACGAGUGGCCGGGAGGGAACCGCGACAUGGCCUGCGAGCGCAUCCUCAGGGGCCUUGAUGACAUCAUGGGUCUGUCGGUGGCUGAGCCUUUCAUAGCGCCCGUCGACAUCAACCAGUAUCCCACCUACGCCUUCAUUGUCGAGUAUCCCAUCGAUCUGUCAACAAUCAAGGGCCGAUUUGAAAACAGGUUUUAUCGGCGUGUAACAGCAGCUCAGUUCGAUGUCAGGUACUUGGCCACAAAUGCUGAGAAGUUCAACGAGGACCACAGUCCAAUACUUCGACAUGCUCGAAUCGUUACCGACCUCUGCCUUAGAGUUAUCAAGGAAGUGUCCGACAUAGAUGUGCCUGUACUGUACCGGCAAUUGCUGGAAGCAUAUCGGUCGGAGUCGAGUGACGAGGCGUUUGAUCCGGUGCCGUCCACUUCGCGGCGAUCAGCGCGCAUGCUCAGACGAUCCAAGCCAGCGACGGCGGCUGUGACGUCACCGGACACCCAGACGAUGUUCGACUGGCGGCGAGCCUGCAAGGAAAUGCUCGACUGUCUGUGGGCCAACAAAGAUUCCGAGCCGUUCAGGGAACCUGUUGAUCGGCUGGAACAUCCCGACUACGACAAAAUCGUGAGCACACCAAUGGAUUUGUGGACCGUACGCGAGGAGUUGAGAGGCAACAACUACGAAAACCACAAAGAAUUCUACAAGGAUGUACAGCUCAUAUUCAUCAACUCUAAAAAGUAUUCGCCCGACCCUAGAUCUAGGAUUUACGGAAUGACCUCUAGAAUGGCGAAUCUAGCUGAAAAAUUAAUGGACGAUCUACUCCAGAAGUGGAGGUCUUCAAGAAGGCAAAAUAGAGGGCGAAAAAUGAGGAAAACAAAGCCGCCAAGGAAGAAGGCGGUCGCCCAAACUGACAACGGUGUGGCAUCCGACAGUGAUGAGGAGCUUCAAUCACCCAAAACUAGUUCAUCUAAACCUUCCAAAAAUGACCGUGGUUUACCAAGGCGAUUUGUUCAAAAGAAAGUUUCCAAAGACUGGCCCAAUAAUGAAAAUCAGCCACAUUCAUUUAAUAAGCCGAGUGGAAUGCAAACGAGAGUUGUUAAGAAAGAAGUGAAAUACACAAUGUCCUCUUCAGCGAGUGACCAAGAUGAGGACACUAACAAUGAAGAGACACCUCACAAGAUGAAUCACAAAGUGAAUGGCUAUGCGAAACAAAGACCCAAGCGAAGUGGGUCAACGAAAAAGCAGCUGAAAUUUGCCGACGAAGGUGUCGCGGAGGAGGAAUCAGAUGAUGCCGGAGAAGGCACAAGUGGAAUGUUCAACGACCAUAAUUACAUGCGCAAAAGUGCCGGAGAGAGAGAACACAAGUCUCAGCUACGUAAGAAACGUCCGAAGCCGAAUUCGGAUAGUGACAAUGGCCUUGCCGAAAGCUCGUCGCACCGGCCGCAGCGCUCUGUCAAACGAAAGAAUUAUGCAGCCAUGGUGGCGAGUGCUAGUGACUCGGCCGAUGAUGGCAAACCCAAGCCACGCUCUUCAACGCACUCUACUGAUCUCAAAAGCAGGGGAAAGAGCAUCAAGAAGAGGAGUUUACCAUCGCCUAAAAAAGAUGUCAAUAGAACGGCCUCACUGCCCAGAUCGUCAGCGGUAGUCUACCCUCAAUCAACUAGUCAAAGUAAAUCCCGAAGAAUAAAAACACGUCCAGCGAAAAAACGAGUCAACUAUGUGGAGGAAAAUGGAACCAUUUCAUCAGAUGAUGAGCUGGAUGAUGAACACAAACUGUCGCAAAAAAUCCGUCAAGGACGAAUGCAAAUGAGACCACUGAAAAAGGAUAUUAACUACGAAGAGAAUCGUGAAGCAUCUUCCAGUGAAAAUGAUGGCGUAGCUGAUGAUUUCGAUUACGAUGAGAAUGAAGAUGAUCAAGAGCAAGAAGUAAAGCAGGAAAAUGGAGUAGAAGAAGAAAGUAGUGGUGACAAAGAAGAAGAAAAUGGUGGUGACGAAGAAGAAGAAGAGAUCAUUGCUGUUGAAGUAGUAAAAACAAAAGUCACAGAAGAAGGUGACACAAAGCAUCACAAAAACGCUAAAGACGCUGUUCCAAACGGUGUGGAGAAUCCCAGAACAACAAGGACCAAAACGAAAGUAGUCUAUAACGAAGACUACGACGAUGAAGAUAAUGAUGAUGACGAUGACGAUGGUGACAAUGAUAGUGAUGAUGACAAGCGUAAGGUGACAAAGCCGAAUCAGAGAGUGUCUAGAGCGGAACCGAGCUGCAAGUCGAAGAGAGCAAGUCGAGAUGAGGAAGAGUCGGAAGACGACGAUGAAAGCAGUGAAGAUGAUGAGGAUGACGACGAUUACUACACUCCGAAUCGCGCCCAACACGCGAAAAAGGUGCGCGAAAUAGCGAGGCGGUCCAAGUCAUCAACUAGAAACAGUGACUCUAAUGCUCCUAGCCGUAAGCGUCGCAAAGUCGGCUCAGAGUCAGACUCUGAUAGUAAUCUGCAGUGGCACGGCGGCGGUACGAGCAGUCGCCCGCACGCCGGGCGUCGGGUCAGUGAAGUGGCGUCGCCGUCCAAAGGUCGCCUCAGGCGCAGCAAACGUCCGCACAGGCCGGUUGUAGAUGAUGGUGACGUCACCACGGGCGAGUCACACGAGUCGGAUGGAGAGUCGCCGCAGAUCAGCAUCAGCAGUCGUGGCCGACUCAGGAAGAUCUCGCCCAGGGUGCGCGCUUUUCUGGGCGACUGAUGGCGUCGCAACGUCAAGAAAAAAACGCACGUUAGUUGAUGCUCAGUCACUUUCUAAUGGCUGUCAAGGUGACUAUUUAGUUGAUGAUCAACCAUAUCUGAUUGCCGCAACAAGCAGAAAACUGUAAAUAAGACCUCAUGAUGUUGUGUUACUUUCUAAUGACAGAACAACAAAAUUAAUGUAAAUUGUCAAAAAAGGUGACUUGUUAGCUAAUCCCAAAUCACUCUCCACUCAUCAUAGAUAUAUGUAGAUACGAACUGUCCAUAUCUAAAAGACCACUUUAUAGUGCUUGUGCAUACAACAUUUAUCAUCUUGUUUUUCUCAUGUAUGCACAACGUUCUGUGAUGGAAGUAUCGAAGUUUAACAAGUUCCAUAAGUGCUUGAACAUUCGAGAACCAAUUGAGAAUCACUUCUUUUUGAGACAAUAGAACCGUUUGAUGUUAUUGUUUUAUUUUUGUAAAGUUAUUUUUUGAUUUAUACAAACUGAUUGAUAUCAUAUUCUUAUUGUUAUGAAAAUCGGGUAAUAAAGUCGAUAGAAGGUGAAAGUCGGGUAAUAAGGUAAAUUUUGGGUUGUAUUGCCUCGUAUAGUUUUCAAGUUUUUAUAAAAAUUAUAGAAUAAAGUCUGAAUAAAACUUUUUAAUCUAAAAUUUAGAUUCAAUACAUCUAACAGUCAAUAAUAUUAUUUACUUGAUAAUAAAGUCGUGUAUUAAAAUUCCGAGCAGUCAAGUUUUUUCGAAUAGAACAAACUUGAAAGAUCACUCUAUAAAAUUAAACAUUAUUAUUAUUUGUUAUUCUUUGAAAGUUAUUACUUUUGAAAUGUGUUGCAUGACAGUUGAGCUGCCAUUAAUAUUUUUUUUAAAUGUUGCAUAUUAUAAAUUUUGUUUAAAUUAUUUAAAGCUGUUCUGUGCUGAAACUAUCAGGUCAGUCAACAGCUGGGAUUCGGUGUGAUCUGUUGGGUAACUAUCAUGAUGAACAAUAUUAAUGAAUAAUAUUACAUACUUAUUGGAAAUUAUAUUGUUACCAUUAUCAAUAUAAUUGUUUAUUCAAUUGAACAUAACUAGCUUUUGUUUGUGGGUUCAAUGUUUUAUAGAAACGUAAUAUAGCAGGGCUGAUUGUAUUAUUUGUGUCUUAAAAUUAUCGAAUAAUAAAUUAAAAUCUAUACUUAUAAAAUUCUUA